UCAGACAUCAUGGCUGCAAGUGACUUUCUCAGACAGGAGGGGCUACUGUUAGCCUGCUUCCUCUUUCUCUCUGUGUAUGGACGAGCUUCAGAACCGUAUUUCAUGGUGAUGUUUCCUGCAGUGAUAGAGUCUGGAUCUGAGGCUACACUGUGUGCGAGUCUAAUGAGGCCUAAUGAAACUCUGCAAAUGACCGUUUAUCUGGUUCACUUCCACCAGAACAAAACACUUCUACAGGAGACAGUGAAGGAAGACUUUCACCGCUGCUCUCAGUUUAAGGCUCCACAGGUUGUGGGUGAUUCGAUGCAGUAUAUCAGAGUACAUGUCAAAGGUGAACGUUUUCAGAUGACAGAGAAAAGAAAAGUUAUGUUAAAAUCCUACAAACCACUGACAUUCAUUCAGACUGAUAAACCAAUCUACAACCCCGGCCAAACAGUAAACUUCAGAGUUGUCACUGUGGAUACACAUUUUGUCCCACUUAAACAACAGUUCAGCAUACUCACGCUUGAGGAUAAUAAAGGUAACAGGAUUGGUCAGUGGACGAAUGUGUCUUCCCAAAGUCUGAUAGUGCAGCUUUCACACAAGCUGAAUCCUGAGGCUCCUGAGGGCCAGUAUAAACUGAAGGUUAGGUCAGUCACACAUCAUUUUAAAGUGAAGAAGAACGUUCUACCCAGGUUUGAGAUUACAGUGAAAGUGCCUCAAAAACAGAGCCUUCAUGACGAGGAAAUGAAGAUCGAGGUUUGUGCAAAGUACACUUAUGGACUGCCGGUACCUGGUAAAGCACUUGUGCAAGUGUGCUGGGCAAGCUAUUUCCGUCGGUUUACUUCAUUAUGCAUGGUUGAAACUGCGGAGAUAAAAGAGAAUGGAUGUGCCUCUCCAGUAUUCAACAUGUCACAUUUCACUGUCAAAAAUCAUGAAUGGUAUUUAAAUUAUCUUGAUGCUAAUGUUACAGUCACAGAGGAAGGAACAGACUUUUCCAUGGAAAAAUAUGAAUCUAUAGAGAUUACUGAUGACAUUGGUGAAGUUGAGUUUCUUGAUGUACCUGAAACUUUAGAAUUGGACACAGUUAUAGAGGGAAAGAUCAAAGUCACAAAGUUCACUGGAAAACCAAUUCCUAACAAGAACGUUUAUCUUAUGAAAGGUGAUGCUUGGUCUCCAAAACUACUUCAAAAUCUCACUACAGAUAUCAAUGGAUUGGCCAGAUUCUCAGUUAAUGCAUCACGAUCCUGGUUUGCACUGAUGGGAAGUUUGUACCCACCUAGCAAAUUAAAGGAAUUUGAUAUGCCUUUUUCUAAAAUAAGUUUUGCAUUUUUUGAACGACACCGACCUGCUGAACCUUACAAGCCAGUGCACAGUGAACUAUCAGUAGAGAGCUUGGAGGAACCACUUCGAUGUGGUUCUGAAUUUUCUAUAAAUAUUAAGUACUACAUUAUUGGAGAAACUGCUGAGAAUUACAGCACUGAUAUUAUAUACAUGGUCAUGUCUAAAGGAGCCAUAGUCCAUCAUGGAUAUGAGAAAGUUGAAGUGAAAGAAUCCAAAAAGCUCAUAGAGGGAAAAGUCUCAUUCAGACUGUCUGUUGAUGCUCGUCUGGCUCCUGUAGUGCAGGUUCUGGUGUACUGUGUGCUGCCCAGUGAGAAGAUCAUCACUGCUACCAAGAAAUUUAAUGUGGAAAAAUGCUUCAGAAACAAGGUCUCACUGCAGUUCUCUCCCACUGAGGCAGUUCCUGGUGAGGAAAACACUCUCCAGCUCUCAGCUCAGCCUGGUUCACUGUGUGGACUCAGUGCUGUGGAUCAGAGUGUGUUCAGCAUGGAGCAAGGAAAACGCCUGAAUGCUGACGAGGUCUUCAACUUGUUGCCAGUGACAUCAGUGUCUGGUUAUACCUUUGAACUUUUUGAUGGUCAGAAGUGUCUGCAUUUUAGCUACAAGACACAAGCCCAUGUUGACAAUAUUCUAAAGGGUGUGGGGAUUAAGGUGGCAACCAAUUUGGCUCGGAGAAAUGAGGAAUGUUUCAGACACACAGAUAUUCCGCCUCGACGCUAUGGUGAACGUGGGUUCAUUGCAGAUCAUGGUCGUUCAAGACACAGCACGAAUGCAGAGUCUGGACCCGUUUCCCCAGAAACUUGGAUAUGGCAACUUGCUGAAGUGGGAGACUCUGGAUCAGCACAGGUUCCUGUCACUGUUCAUGAUACUAUGACCACUUGGGAGGCAGAUGCCUUCUGUCUGUCCUCUAAAGGUCUGGGUCUGGCUCCUCCUGUUCAGCUUCGUGUCUCCCAGCCCUUCUUCCUGGAGCUCUCCCUGCCCUACUCCAUCAUCCGGGGAGAGGAGUUUGAGCUGAAGGCCACUGUCUUUAACUAUCUCUCCAAGUGCAUUAUGGUUAAAGUGACUCCAGCUCCUUCCUCACUCUACACUCUGAAAGCCUCCUCUGAUGGAGAGUAUUCAUCCUGUCUGUGUGCCAGUAGUAAAAAGAUCUUCAAAUGGACUCUUGUUCCCUCUGUGCUUGGGGUCCUGAAUGUGACGGUCAGUGCUGAGGCAGAACAGUCACAGACUGUGUGUGACAAUGAGAUUGUGAGUGUGCCUGAGAGAGGCCGCAUUGACACAGUCACACGAAGCCUGCUUGUACAGCCUGAAGGUACAGAAAAGACCAAGAGCCAGAGUUGGUUGCUGUGUCCACGAGGAAACAGUGUUUCAGAGGAGAUGGAGCUGGUUCUUCCUGAAGAUGUGAUCGAGGGAUCAGCACGAGCUUCUGUUUCAGUGCUUGGAGACAUACUGGGCCGUGCACUAAAGAAUAUUGAUGGACUGCUGAAGAUGCCACAUGGCUGUCAAGAACAAAACAUUGCUCUCCUCGCCCCCAACAUCUACAUUCUUCAGUACCUGGAGAACACUGGACAGCUCACUGCAGCCAUCCGUGAGAGAGCUACUGGUUUCCUUAAGAGCGAAUAUCAGAGGCAACUGAACUACAAGCAUGUCGAUGGUGCCUACAGCACAUUUGGCAGCGGAGAGGGGAAUACAUGGUUAACUGCUUUUGUCCUGAAGACUUUUGGCAAAGCACAGCAUUACAUCUUUAUUGAUCCACAAAACAUUGACCGUGCAAAGAAAUGGCUGAUAAGUAAUCAGAGACCAGACGGCUGUUUUAUAAGACGAGGACAAAUGUUAAAAUACACAAACGGUGGAAUAAAUGAUGACAUGACCAUCACUGCUUACAUCACUGCAUCAUUUCUUGAGCUGGGAGAAGAAGUGCAGGAUCCUGUUGUGAGUAAAGGAUUAUCAUGCCUGAAGUCCUCAAUUGGAAACCUAACAAACACCUAUGCCACUGCACUGCUGGCUUACACUUUCAGCCUGGCUGGAGAGCAUGAUGCUUGGGAGCAGCUGCUGAAGAAGUUGGAUAGUGUUGCCAUUUCAGGAGAUGGUCGCCUUCACUGGUCUCAGUCAGCAUCAGAUGACUCUGACUCCUUGUCAGUGGAGAUCAGCUCCUAUGUUCUGCUAGCUGUUCUCACUACAUCUGAAGUCACUGCUGCUGAUUUGGGCUAUGCUAACAGGAUUGUCAGCUGGCUGGUGAGGCAGCAGAAUCCCUAUGGAGGCUACGCCUCCAUCCAGGACACAGUGGUGGCCCUCCAGGCUCUGGCUCUGUACUCCACCAAAGUGUUCAGCUCAGAUGGCUCCAGCACAGUAACUGUACAGUCAGAUAAAGAGAGUCAUGACUUUGAUGUGAACCAGAGCAACAAGCUAUUGUACCAGGAGAGACCACUACAGGUUGUUCCUGGCAAAUACAGCAUUUCAGUGAAAGGCUCCACCUGCGUGUCUGUGCAGGUGGCUCUUUUCUACAAUAUCCGCACAAAUAGUGAACCCAGAACAUUGAGCAUCGAGGCUAAAACUGAUGGAAAUUGCACAAAAUCAUUUGGAUACACCCUGGCUAUCAACUUCACAGUCACUUAUAAUGAAGAAUUAAACAGCACUAACAUGGUCAUAGUGGAUAUAAAAAUGUUAUCAGGAUUCACAGCAAAUUCCAGUACUCUAAAAAACAGCCCACUUGUGGAACGGGUCGAUUCCAUAGAUGGCCAUGUUUACAUGUUUAUAAGAAAGGUCCCAAGGAAUUCUCCUAUGAAUUAUCAGCUACUUAUUAAACAGGUGCUUCCAGUCAAGAACCUCAAACCAGCUGUGAUCAAAGUCUAUGAUUACUACCAAACAGGUGACCCGUCUGAGACGGAGUACUCCUCCCCCUGUGUGUGAGCUCUCAGACCUGCAGCUUCACAGCACGAGACACAGAGAAGACUUGUUUUAUCCUGAUAUUAUUUUAUCUUUGAUCAGAUGUUUUCCUGUUACAUUGAAAUUAUUAUGAACCUCAAGCAAGACGUGAUGUUGUUAUAAACAUUUUUAAAGGCCAAUGUUUGUGCUAAAAUAUGUAACAUGCCCUAAAAAUGUGAGUGUUCAUUCAGCUCAAGGCUUUCUAACACAACAGAGAUGAAAUUUCCAAAAGUGGAACUGUGCAGUGAUUUCACAGAAUGGCAGAACAAAUCAAGGGCCUGUAAUCAGACUAACAAUGAAAGCAUUUACAGAAAACUAAAUAAACGUUAAUUUCACUGAAAGCUUAGUAUUUGUUUUGAUAAUAAUAAUAAUAAUAAUAUAAAAAGUGAUAAUUUU